AUGGAGAAUUUUUUAUCAAAUUCAAACUUAGGGACAUAAUUUUAGUCGACUGACAAUAGAGUGGAAACUGACACGAAUGAUACUUCAAUAAAGAAUAAAAAGAAGAAGAAGCUGAUUAAAAUUGACUCUAAGGAAUACAAAUCAGAGAAUGACUAUAGUGAAAGCAGAAACAACAGCAAGGAGGCUAUAACAACAAGGAAUUUAGAGGGAGAGUUAUUAAUUACAAAUAGCUAGCUAUCUCAGAGAGAUUCAUUUUAUCCUACACAGCCAAGCACUCACAAUAAUGAUGAGGACUUAAUAAAGAUAUAAGGAGAUAUAGAGGAUUGGUUGGUGAAAGACUUGAAUGAAUCUAAGAAGAGGAAAUAUUCCACUCGUGAUUAAAUUGAGGCUAGAAAUAGAGCUAUCUAUGAAUAGUAAAAAAUUCUUGAUAUGAUUGAGAUUAAGAAUGUCAAGCAGAGUAAAAAGUAAAAUGUAUGGACUGACUACAUUCCUUUUAAAGAGCACUUAAUUUAAAUGUUUCAUCAUGAUACUAAAAAAUAGUAAAAACCCAAGAAAAAUACUGUGAAUCCAAUUGACUCACCUCAAAAUUAAUUAACAUUAAUGGAAGAGACAAUGAAGAAAAAUCAUGUUACUACUGACAAACUAACCAAUAAUCCAUAGUUAUUUAAUGAUGAUUUCCUUAAUGAUGAAGUGAGUGUAAUUUAAGAAAGUAAAAAAAGAGUCGGCAAAUAAUUAAGCUCUAAUAAACUUAUAGAUGACCCAUCUAGUAUGGAUUCUCACUCAUAGAGUUCAUCAAUAAAUCAAUAAAGCUAUGAGUAAAAUUUGAUGAAAAACUUUAGUAACUAAAUGAACUUUAUUGACCAUGAGGAAUUAGAAUGUAGACUUUUGGAUUUGUAGGAAGAAAAAAUUGUCUAUAUGACAACUAGAGAGAAGAAAAAACAGCUGUUCAGACAGCAGGUAAAAAGGCAUCAUCAAGCUGUGCUAUAACAGUAGAACAACUUUGAUUUCAUCGAUGUUGACUUAGAUGAAAUGAUUCUAGAAGACUUUGAAGAUGGGUAUGGAGAAGAAGAAUACAAGCAAGAAGUAGAUCAUUAGACCAUAUAGCUUUAGUGA